AUGCAUCCAUCUUUCAGUUAUUUGUCGGAACUGUAUGAUACCGAAAGGGAAAUUGUCACAAGAGGUAUUGUUGAUGAGAAUGCUGAAGUUUCGUUGCUGCAUCACUGCAAGCAGAACAUGGAUUUGCUAAAGAAACGAUACGAUAAGUGCAUUGAACUGGUGCAUGAGCUACGAAGCAAUUAUGAGAUGGUUACGGAGCGAACAUCUUCGCUGCACAAUGCCUGUGAUCGGAUGAUGGCACAUCAGACGCAGAUCGCUGCUGGAGCGGAACAGAUACGUGCCAACCUCUACUACUACACCCAGUAC